CUUAUUAAAUAGAUUUAGUCUGGCGAAAUUAAUAUGAUUGAUUGCUGAAAUAUUCAAAAUGACGAACAGUGAGCAUUCAAUCGCGCAAGCUGAGGCUUCCAUCAUGAUGUAUGAUGAGCCGAAGAAGCGUUGGCAGCCAAUUCUUCCGGGGAAUACUUUGUCCUCUGUAAAUGUGACUCAUCAUAUUACAAGCAAUACAUUCAAAAUUGUCGGUCGCAGUACUACAACUCGCGAGGUAAUAAUUUCGUGCAAUAUUGUGAAAAAUCUGAAGUACAAUCAAGCCACUGCCACGUUCCAUCAAUGGAGAGAUCAGAAAACGAUAUUUGGCCUGAACUUCCCCUCAAACGACGACGCUGACAAUUUUGCUUUGGGAAUUAGAAAUGCUCUGGAAAUAUUAUCACGAGAUGUGCCUGCUCACAUAACACAACAGAUGCCUCCUCCUUCGCAGCCACCCGCGCUGCCCCCUCGAAAAAACUCAUCGCCACACGUGAUGCAAAUGCUGGAGCCUAAGUACAUAAACGUCGACGACAACAUCAUAGAGAAGAUAAGAGAAAAGGACAACGCUAUGACUAAACAUCUUUGCUCGGGCGAUGCUUCAUCUAACGAGAACUCAAUCUACGAUCCGGUCAUGAUUCCAACUGAGCACAGUCGAGACAUGUAUUCCCAGAACGGAGGUGCUUCUGGUCAUAACUUAAGUUACUCGUCUCCCGGACAGCAAAAUAACAGCGCCAACAAUAAUACUCACCACAGAGUGGGAAGUUACAAUAAAAGUCAUACGGGUUCAAAUAGCAAUCUGGGUAUUGGACAAUACGGAGACGAUGCUGAUGAUAGAGUGUCAAUUUACAGCACUAGUACCAACAGUAGCAAUUCCAGUGGUGCCGGCAACCAACAUGCUGUAGACUACGCCCUCUCCUCGGCAGCCUUCCCCCCACCAGCCCCACACUCUAACACUACCCCUCAGUCGGCUGCUGCUAACACGCAUCAUAGAGGAUCAUCCACCGGAUCAGCAGGUGCCGCGGAAGCUGCUAAAUGCAUAAACCCACCCACUGGAGGACCCAUUGCCCCCUCACAAUACAUCCCAGCUCCUCCUCAACCCCCACCUCCACAGUCAGCACCCGCACCCCCGGCAGCACCCACACCCCCCAACAACAUCCCGGUGCCUCCCCCUGCGCCGCCGCCGAUGCCCGCAGAUGACUCACCGGAAUCAGAUGCUCCCCAGGGAUCGUUUGCAGCCAUGUUGGCAGGAGUAAAACUGAAGAAAACGAACAAGGCGGAUGACUCUUCUGUAACACCAAGUGGGACCCUGAAACACGCCGCCACCUCUGCUGCAACUCCCUCAACCCCCAAAGCAGCCCCAGUUGCGAGUAGUGCAGCAGGGGGAGGAGGAGGUGGUGGAUUCAUGAGCGAAAUGAGUAAACUACUCGCCAAAAGAAAGCAAAUAGCUGAGGGAGAAUCAAGUGGAAGUUCUUCGCAGCCAUCCACUCUUAAAUCUGCAGAGCCCUCUCGAAAGAGUGAAUCAGUGAUCUCGAGCGUCCCAAUGGCAGUCGGAUCCCUGAACAGACGCAAGUCCAUCAACCCCUCAGAAAUCACCCACUCCUCCACCCCCCUCUCCUUGCACUCUGGGGGGUCUAGCUUGACUUCUGCGAACUCAUCCUCAGUCGGUGCUGUGGGCAGUACUAAUGCGGCGACGACAGCUGCAAUUGAAUCAAUGAAGCAAGAAAUACUGGCAACUGUGAGAGCAGAGAUCCAAGCUGCGAAGCUGGAGAUACUUCAAGCCAUACGUGCUCAGAACCGAUAGUGCUGCAAACUGAAAGAAUGAUUAGAACCAGAAACUCUUCUACAAAUUACGUCACCUAAUUCCUCCGUCUCUUCUGUUUCUCUCUGGCUGAAUCAGCACGUGCAAUCCAAUCUAUUUCUUCAUUUUGUCCGCCCACUAGGAAAUUACUCUAUAUUUUGUACCCCUUUAAAUUACUCUGAUUCUGUCUACCACAUUUACAUGAUGACAAACAGCUGCAAGUUAAACUUUCGAAGGAAGCAAACCAAUUGAUGCGAAUAUGAUGUCGAAACAGAAGGAACUAUUGAUGCAAACAUCACGUCAAAAACAUGCAGAAACUUCAUUUUCAAUUCAAUUUCCAAAAACUCAUGAUUAUAACGAUAAAAUCUUAUUUCAAAUUAGAUCAGACUGCUAAUAUCUGAAAUUUAAUCGAUGUAGUCAAACUAUGAGGCAUUGCUACAAAUAACUUGAACUUUUUUCUUUGUCCCAUUAUGACUUUUGUAACUCCUUUGCCAUGGCCGAUAUUGAAAAUAUUCUAUUCUCAUUUUUAUCUUUUCUAUGAUAUUUUCGAGGUGCUACUACUGUAUUCAUGUGAUGAUGCUUAAAUAUUUCAACACGAUGGCCUUUUUGUAUGGUAUUUUAUUUUGUCCACAAGUCUGCUGUGAAGUGAAAUAAUCAAAUACUCGCCUAGUGAUAUGUUGUUAAAACAUUAAUCGAUGUAUAUUGCGUGCAAAAUCUGAUAUUGAAUUUUUGAAAACGAAAUCUAUGCGAAAGAAGGUAAAAAAGCCCAUUUAACAUCCAUGAAUUUCUUUUGAAAAGUUCGUACAAUUAAGAGUUACAAAUUAACGAAACUCGCAUGUUUAAAAAAAACAAUAUGGUUGUUCUGCUGGAAGCUUAAAGCGUGAACCGGAAAAGUUUGAGACUUGCGGUAAUUUUGGUAAAUGGGCGCAAUUGCAUCGAUUUAUUAAAAACAAAUGAAUUGUCGCGUAAUUCUUAUUUUCGAAGUUCCAUUGUUAUGAAACGAAAAGUAAUCAAUAUUUAAAAUUAUAAGGUCAUGAACCUUUUUUGUACAUUCCUUUCAUUCUGAAUGAUAAGAACUUUUUUGCCAUUACGGUCGUGUGCAGUGUUUGAUUUUCACAUCAAGUCAAUUUUUUGAAUCAGGCACUAAAACCAAUUAUAAAUAUGAUCUUAGUACCAACUAGUUUAUUAUAUUUUACUUUGCAAAUUUCCAUCAAAUUUUGUACAAAAUAGCUAAUUGCAAAUAUUGUGUAUGGCCUGAAAACAACUUCUUUAAUGGUCCGAAUUAAAUUCUGAUCUUCAAUUCAUUCUCGAGAAGUGUGAAAUAAUUUUAAUUUUUUCCGAAACGUCUGCCUGAAUGAAGUGUUCUGCUCCCAAAGAAAAAUUUCGUUUGGAUGAUGAAAAUUAAUCAAAUAUAUAUUUUCGAAAACUGAUUAUAGCUUUCACUAUAACUUAUUUGACCCACAUCUCUAUAUUUAAUUAGGUAAAUAAGAAGAAUUAUGAGCUGGAAUGUGAGUCUAAAACACUGCAGUGAUUAAAUAUUUGUUACUUCUUUUUCAUGGGUAACUUUUUUCUAUCAUAUUUUGUAGAUAAGUUACUUUUUCCAUUUGCAGAUAACUUUGCAUAGUUU